GAAUGUGAAGCCCAACGGUCACAAGAUGUUUCGGAUUUUCCCAACUCUUUGUUUCCCAACUAAAUAUGAUUCUAUAAAUGCAUGUGUGCAGCCAUGUAUGAGGUAGUACUGUGUAAUGGAUAUUGUUUAAUGAAUAAGUUUCCCUGCGUUUCUAGUGGACGUAGCCACUUAGUGGUGAACCACAUUAAACUCCUGUUAUGCGUUGUUAUGUGUUUAUAUCUGCUUUAGUUUCCUUUAGUAUGUUUUCUCUGCUUAUUUAAAACUAACAAUUGGUAUCAGAGCCAUGUUUGGCUUGAGCAGAGAGUAAUGUUGUGCAAAUGGAAGCUAAAAUGAAACGCCAUGUACAUUGGUGGGAUGGCUGGAAAGAUGAGGAGGAUUCGGCUGAAGAAGAGGACGUCGAGGCGAGUGAAGAUGAGCUUGAAGAAGAUGAUACAUAUGAUUUCGAAAAAUAUCAAGAAGAGAAAAUUAUGCGGUUAAAGGAGGAAAAUUUCUUACUGACAGAUCAGUUGUAUUUUAUAGAGGAUACCUUGGCAAGAAUUUUGGAGGUUGAGACUUCGAGACAUUUAAGAGAAAAAGAACUAAUGGAAAUCUUAAAUGGAGCAAAAGUAAAUAAAGGCAAGCUUGAUGAUAUACCGGUUGAUAGGCAUGUUGAGAUGGAGAAUCUCAUAAUAACUCUAGAAGAUCAUCAUAGCAAUAUGCAAGCCAAGAUAUUUUCUCUUCAAGAAGAUUUGCAAAACGCUUCUUUAAGAGAAGCUAAGCUUCAGACCAAGUUGAAGGAUGUUGAAGAAAAAUUGUUGAAUACCCAAGUAGAGGUUAUGGCUGAAGAGGGAGAAGACCUUUGUGCAGAAAAUUUCAUAGAAGAAUAUGAACCUAUGGAAUUGGAUGACGAAGUGCAGGAUGAAAGAAGUUUUGAUCAAAUUAUGAUUGAUGCAAGGGGAGCUACUUCUGUAAAUAAAAAGCUUCGUGAUCAUGAUACAGAUGAUGAUGCUGAUUGCAGGCCAUGGCGAAGACAAUGUGUUGAGCCUCCAAUCUCUGACCAAAUUGAGGAUAAUGAGCCUCGUGAUGUAGCGGGAGAGUUUUCCCAGACCAAGUCUGGUUUGGGCCUUGUUUUGGAUUGUUCUCAGGUUGUGGCAGAGAUGGAAGUUGACCUCAUUGAAGGGAGAUUCACCAAGGAGGCAGAGUAUGAAGAAAACGGUGGCAACGACAUGGUUUCAGAGGUAUUUGGGCAUCCUGGGGAAUUUGCUACGAAGUUUGUCUCCCAAGAUAAGGAGAAUAUUACUCUGCAGAAAGUGCCUGUCAAAAUGGGCAUCGAGAAGAGGUAUGAUGCGGAGGAGCCCAUACAAGGUUGGAGAAUACGGGCUGAUGAGGUUUUGGAAGCCACGAGGCCUGCUGGUAGUAUCGCUUUUGUGCAAAAAACAACGGAAGGAUGUGAGGAAAGGGUCUUACAUAUUUCUGUUCCAGCAAUUGGAGAUCAACAUUCUGGUUUUUAUGGGGCCAUUGAAAGCCCAUCACCUACGCAGGAUGCUUUGCUCAGGGUUCAUCCAAAGAUUAUCAAAGAUAUGGAAACUAGGAAGGAUGCUAAUGACAUUAUCGAUACUCCAUUGAUUGUUCCCAAUAACCAAGACUGGAGAUUGGGGGCUGCAAGUAUUUUUGAAUUUGUUUUUGUUUUUGCCCAACUGGAAUGCGAGAAGUCCAGAAUUGUUAUUAAUAUGGAAGGGCAAAGGACAACGCCCCCUGUAGUUUCUUAUACAAGAAACGAGGCCAGGCUUGUAGAGGAAAAAAGGAGUGAGGAAGAUAAACCGACGUGGCUUAGCUUUCUCCAAAGGUUAUAUUUUGCUAUCCCUUGAAAUUCCAACUCGGGGGGGAGACAUAAAAUGUUUGGGUGGUAUUUGCACUUCAAGCAUUGGGCGUCUUUUGGAGGACAAGAUAGGCCAAAGCACUGCAGAAGUUAUACCAACUGUAGGUGGUGCAGCACUUUCUCCAACAACCGUUAAGG